AUGGUCUUAUCCAUCCCUAUCGCUGGGCCAUCUACUCAACCACCUCACAAUGGGCAGCACAGACUCAUCACUUCUUCAAUGGUGAAGAGGAGGCGGAGACCGCAGAAAAGCAGCAACUUUCACCUUCCUAUAGCCCCCCCACUACUUAAGAUUAAUCAGUGGCAACACUGGACAAACGAAGUCAUUACUUCCUUGAUUGCUCCAUACCUUGCAUACUUGCGCAAAUCGACUUCUCUUCGUGAUCGAAUUGAACUGCAGCCAGAUGAAGCUGCUGCCUUUCAGUGUAGGUCCUCUUGUCGGCGGAGGGCUCUAGAGAUCACUUGCAUACUUUUCAAUCGUAUAUAUUUUGCCUGUGUUCCCAUUGCCCCUUCUCUCACUGUGGACCUUCAGCUGCUGGAGUUUGUCAAGACUUUGUUUGUGCAUAUCACUCCCAACAUGACCGCUUGGUGUGAAACACUUGAAGUCUUUCUGGCUGGCCGUGGGUAUCAACUUACCACCAAGGAUAAUCUUCGCUGUCGAUUUGGUAACACCUAUCAUUGGUACUCUGUACUCUGCAUGAGCGCCGAAGAUCACUUGUCAAAUCUUAUUGGAAAUUAUCGCCCACUUCCUGUGUCAUCCAACGAGGGAUUAACAUGUCCAAGCAACUAUCUAAGGUCUCACUGUCCGAUUUGUUUUGGCUCAGUUGAUUGGCAAAAAAGUGGAACACUUAAUCUCAGUAGACCUGACGUCCACGCUUGCAUUGAUGCGUGCUUCACUCAAAAGUGUUCAUCGGAUCAACACGGUGGAGGUCCAGAUCCCCCAAACCCAAUCAGAUCUGUUUUUCUUUCGGAUGACAAGGUGAUAUUGAUGGACACCCAUGUGCAAAGUUGUCGCGGCAGACCCCCUGCUUGGGGUCACAAGAGAAAGCGACCCACAGAAGAGGAGGAGGAUGGCUACAAGAAUGGCAUGAGAGUCCUGACCUCUGCGCUGGAUGGCUGCGGUGAAUCUUUCUUUGCCGCUGAUGAAAAACGUGAAAAGGCUAGCACCCAAUUUUUUGCAGACACAGGGGUGAUGGCCAUGUUAUGUCGCCAUGAUCGUGUAUUAUGGCUCGCUAACAUUACAUCGGCAGGGGAAAAGCAGCACUAUGCUCUCGCCCUGAUCAAGAAGCUUUUCGACAAUAUCCCUCCCGAGAUGACCAUCAGCCUCUUUUGUCUCAAGUACCCGCUCCUCGAUGAUGCCGUUCUUCGCCGGAUAACUUUCGCAAUAUCAGUCUUUCAUGCUUAUGGCCACCAAUGGGCCUGUCAAAUCAUAUACCAUCCUCGCAAGUGUGAAGGCUUUGGCCUUUCUGAUGGAGAAGGUUGCGAGCGUCUAUGGAGUGCACUCAAACAUCUUAUUGCUCCGGGUGAGUGUUCUCUGGUUCAAGAAUGGUUUCAUAUGGGUUAUAGCCACUCCUGGUUGAUCCGGAGUUGGAAUAACUGCGCUAAGAAGAAGAGUAAUGCCAUGCAAGCUCUACAUGAGCUUUCAGUGGAUGAAACUCCUGUCUGUCAGCAGUGUAAAUUACAGGUUGAACAUCAGAUGAGACCCCUGCCUCGAAGAUCGAAGACAAGCAACGACGAGGAAAUCUCGAAAAUCCUCUCUGUCAAGAAAUCUCUUGUCGAGCUCGAUAGAUCGUUGCGACGCAUAGAAAUGCAACUUUGUACAGGAAAUGUUGACAAUCUCACAAGGCUUGGCAUCAGUCAGCGCACCCGUGAGGACCAAUUACGUCGCAAUGUAUAUCUACAAAUCCAUUUAGAUGCUCAAGCUCUUAAGACCCGUCUUCGUGAACGACUUCAACAGCGCAAGUUCGAAAUUGAGAAGCUUGAAUGCUCAUACAGGCAAACAGUGAAUGAACACAAGCUUAAUUCUCAUGUCGAUACUGCAAUCCAGCGACACAAUCUCCUAUGUGCGGAUCUUAGUGCUCUUAUCAGACAAUGCCGCAGUCCUCCCAAUGCUAUAGCGCCUAACCCUAUCUCUCCUGCCGGUAUCUUCAAUCUUGAUGACAUUGGACUCGAUGAUGUCGUGCCGGAACCUCCUGAUUGGUUAGCUGAUGAGGUCACUUGCGCUGCGAUCAGACUGGUGCUUGAGAUUGACCAAUGUAACAAAGAAGAGUUGCAUGUGAAGGUUGAGUGCUGUGCUCUGCAGGAGUGGGCUAUUGUUGAGUGGGAUGCUCUGCAGAGGGCCCGUGCACAUGCAAGUGAUGACGACAUAAUCAUGUAUCACAUGGAUCUUCGUGCUCGACAGUUUAUUGACCUUGUACUUGGGUGGCAAACAAAGAUUCGUCCCAUCCCAUGUGCAUGGCCUAUGCCUGACUGCUGGGGGCCAUCACAUAAUGAGCUUGCUAAUGUGACACACGUGGUGUGCCCUGAUGUCCAUGAUGAUGAAGAUGAUGUAGGGGAGGAUCGAGAUGAUUGGGAGUCUGACAUUGGCUUUGGUGACAAUGAGCUUAUGGAUGUCUUAGAAGAUAUUGCAUUAACAGAUCAAUAUAGAGGGGAAGAGGUAGAUUACAUCGAGGAUGGCUAUGUAGUCAAUGACUCGUUGAUAAACAGCCCAACUAAAUGUGUCGUAUUUAUGUUGUAG